AAAUAUUGCAAAAUCUGACGUUUGAUUUCUCCAAAUUAUUUAUUCUGUUUACAUUUCUCGAUAAAAUAAAUAAAAGAAAAAGAACUCUGUUUUAAGUGGUGAAGUAUUGCAGAAACAAAGAAAAUUAAAUAAAAAUCAGACAACAAGAAAUGCAUGAUAAAAACAUGACCAAAUGAAAUAAAAAUUAAAAAGUGCAAAAUCCCACAGAGAAAAGUGCGUCGGAUGUUACACAAAAUAAACAACUGACGAAAGUUCUGGAAAAAGUGCAUAAAAACUGCAACAAUAUUGUAAUAAUAACAACCAAUGCCCACUCAGGUAUCUCUCUGCGUUAUCAAAAUCGAAAUUGAUCCACAACUGAAUGAGGAUUUAGGUGCAGCCUGGUGCAACCUCCGCUGAGCAUCCUACAAACCCGCGCAUGCUAAAGGAGCGCGAGCGUGACCGUGGCUUGCGACAAUCUAGAGAAAUUAUAAUCGAAACCUACACAAAUCAGUUGUGGGCUGGUCAAGAACAGCUGCAGCCAGUAACAAAAAUCGAGCAACAGGCAGGUGGUGCGAUGAUGGAAAUGAGCGCUGAACGUAAGCGAAAUUUUCGUGCUACAGCUAGUGGUUCACGUGAGGCCACACCACUCGAGGAAGGGCAGUGUGCACCUGAAUUUCCAAAGGAGAUUGGUUUCUACUCUGGCAAUCCGGAAGUAACUAAUGGUAUAGUGCACUUGUACAAGAAAAAUGAGCGCAAGGAGUUAAAGGAGGGCCCAUCGGACAUUCUUUGUCUUCUCGCGGUGCCUGCAAGUGUAAACUGCCAUGACUUGCUGGACUUCGUGGCGCCCUGUCAGUCAGAAAUGCGUCACAUACGCAUUGUGCGAGAUGGUAGCCCCAAUCAGUUUAUGGUGAUACUAGAAUUUCGCUCAAAUACCGCUGCUUUGGAAUUCUACCAGUCCUACAAUGGCGCCGCUUAUAAUUUGCUUGAACCAGACUCACUCUGUCACGCCGUUUGGGUGUCGGAAAUAGAACGCGGUGGCAAUGCUGGGCCACCAGCUGGCCACACCGAGCUGCCUAAUUGCCCAGUCUGUCUUGAGCGCAUGGAUGAGAGCGUCGAUGGCGUCUUGACCAUACUCUGCAAUCAUGCCUUUCACGCAAACUGCCUUAUCAAAUGGGGUGAUUCGACGUGCCCAGUGUGCCGCCAUGUGCAGACCCCAGAAUUGCUUGAGAACUCUGUUUGUAUGGAAUGUGAGGGCACAGAUUCACUAUGGAUUUGUCUGAUUUGUGGUCAUGUUGGUUGUGGGCGUUAUCAAGGUGGUCAUGCUGCAGCACACUAUCGCGCUACUAACCACACUUUCGCCAUGCAGUUGGGCACUUCUAGUGUUUGGGAUUAUGCAGGUGACAAUUUUGUACAUCGGCUCUUUCAAAAUAAGACUGACGGCAAGCUGGUAGCUACUGCCAAUGAUGAGGGUGAAGAAAAGAUUGAUUCAAUGCAGUUGGAGUUCACAUAUUUACUCACUUCGCAAUUGGAUACGCAACGUCAAUACUAUGAAGAUCGCUUGGAUCGUAUAGAGAAAGAAUGGCGCGACUUCAAGUCAGGAGCCGAUAAUGCCAGCAGCAAAGUCAGCGCCUUGGAACAGAAAGUACUAACCCUGACCAAGGAAAAGCAGGCUCUGGAGCGCAAGUUGGCGCAGAAUACUACAAAAUUGAAAGAAGUACAAAAGCAGCUCGCCGAGGAAAGUGAAUUCUCUAAAACUCUACAAAGCAAUCACAGCUCUUGGCAGACUAAAUAUGCAGCACUUGAAAAACAAUACAAGGACUACAAAGAAGCGCGUGAGGCUGAACUCAACGAUGUCAAGGAGCAACUGCGCGAUAUAAUGUUUUAUAUGCAGGCACAGAGCAAGAUUGCUGAUUCUGAGCUAAAAGACGAAAUUGUUGGUGGCACGGUGGUAGUGCCGGAAGUAGAUGCUGCUAGCACUUCGACUGGCAAAGGCGGCAGGCGCAAGAAGAAACACUAAAAUGCUUUUAAUAAUUAUUCUCAUUUAAACUUUAUUGCAUUAGACAUUUUAGUUGGUUUUUGUAAUUGCAUUAAUAGAGUUUUUACUGUCUGAAGCAUAUUUUCAUAGACUUAGUAAUUAAACGUGCAUAUACACAUACAUACUAACAUUCAAAUUAACUAAAGUAAAUGCUAUAUCAUGUAAGUUAACUUUUUAGAACCAGAUUAAACCUUUGUAAUGUGAUUGCUGAUUUUAUAAAUGUGCAUACCAACCUUCAUGCAAACAUACA